UUCGUUUCCUUUGUUAAAGGAAGUCUUUUUUCCCUCUUUCUGACCACAUCUUCCGGUCUUUCGCAGUCACUAGCGCUAUCCUCUUUUAAACCAACCUAAACCAACCUCUUUGGGAUGGCACUGGGCAACGCCUCGCUGGGUCCUUCCGUUCCGUAUUCGUUCCCUGCUGCAUCGUUGUGCACCCAAUGCUUUUUACAGUCCCCUCGCCUUUCCCUUCGUGCUUCAGCAGCUCUCACCGAGAAAGCCCGGUUCGUUGCUCGGCGUAAGGAGUCCAUUUCCGUUAGGCAACUCGAACGUCCACUAAUUGAGUACAUGCGGUUGCCGGCUAGUCAGUAUUCUGUGUUAGACGCGGAGAGGAUUGAACGCGUGAAUGAUAACACCUUCAGGUGUUACGUUUACGGGUUUAAGUUCUUCAACUUUGAGGUUAUUCCGGUUUUGCUUGUUAAGGUGGAAGAACAACCUGAUGGUUGUUGCAUCAAGCUCUUGUCCUGCAAGCUAGAGGGCUCGCCCAUGGUGGCUUCUCAGAAUGACAAAUUUGAUGUGUAGGUGAGAUGUUUGGAAUAAGGUGAUUGUUACCUUGAUUGACCCUACCAUUCAGAAAAUCAUUAUCUUGAGCUUUUAACUUUGAAAUGACUACAACUUUUGCCCAUUCUGGCUUUGGGUCAGUUCUAAUAUGUUGGCACUUAAGGAAACGAUGCUAACUCGUCCAUACUAUGAGCAAUCAUGUGCUUCAUUUCUUUUAAACUGGAGAAUUUGUUAUAUGAAGUAUGAAAUACAGAUGUGAUAAGGCACAAAUAUGUUAUAUUAGCACGGAUAUGAUGAUAUUGCUUUGAUGUUAGACCUGGAACUUUAAGGGUAAAUUUGUGUUAGUAGUUUAAUUCUUUUAAGGCAAGGGAAGGAAUGGUCUGAAAUGUGAGUACAGUUCAAGCCCUUCCUGUUUUCCCUUUUACAGUUUUACUCCAAAAUCAAAACUCAAAGCUAAAUUCUAAUAGUCUAAGAUCCUGUAUGUUCUCUCAAACGAGUUUCUGUUGUUGCAAAAUAUCCCUCUUUUCUAAAUCAUUUUAGUAUGCAUUGUUUACUAAGAAAACUAACAAAUUAAUAUCUUUAACUAAAACAAUAAUAUCAUUAUCACAGGUAAAUGUGACCCUUGCCAGCUCAUGAUACAAUUGAUAAUAUGAUUUAAUUAACUUUGAAAUUUGAAAUAUUUUGGAUGUAUCCGUGAUGUGUUAAUUUUAUGUCUGUUAUGGUUGUUUUUGGGCAUUUAGAACAAAAAUAUUCUCUUAUAUUCUAAAAGCACAAAUUUUUUUUAUUUAUUGUUCAAAGGUUUAUGAGUUCAUAGACAUUGAUUUUGGGUGCUUAUAUAGUAUUAUCAGCCUUUUUAUUGCCCAUAUUAUAUUGAUAUGAUUGUUGUUGGACUUAUACAUCUUUAAUGCUAUUGAUUGAACUGUUGUUGGGAUUCACUAGCAGCUAGUUGUUGUUGUUGUUAUUAUUGUUUUCUUUUUAUUUAUUUAUUUACUGUUUUUCAAAUUGAUAGAGUUAUCAAGGUUUAAAUAUUCAGUACUGUUAGUCAGGAUGUAGUUGAUGGUUGAUAGUUAGCAGCUUAGCAUUUAUGCAUGUAGUUGAUAGUUAGUAACUUAGCAUUUUUGAUAAUAGUUGAUAGAUAUCUCUAUAUAUAUACCUCUUUUUGGAUGACAUGAAAACAAUGAGAUCUUUCUCCUAUUUUCUU